GCUCAAGACUCCAUGGGAAACCGAUUGCGCCUGCGUAUCCAGACGUGGCAACGGCAUCAUGGCCUCUUGGAAUCGCCACGGGAGUCGGAUAAGAGAGGUGAAAAUGUUCAUGUUGGUGUUGCUGGUGUGGCUGCUGCCGGUGCUGGAGGCGGUGAAGGUGUCUCCUCUCAUAGAGAAGGUCAGCGACCACAAAGACUUCAAGAAGCUGCUCAGGACGAGAACCAACGUUCUGGUGGUCUACACCAAGACAGCUACAUCAGGGGACUCCCACCUGAAACUGCUAUCAGAUGUGGCCCAGACAGUAAAGGGCCAAGGGACUAUUGCCUGGGUCAACUGUGGAGACUCAGAGGGCCGUAAGCUCUGUAAGAAAGUGAAGGUGGACCCGAGCUCCAAACGCGGAGGAGCAGAGCUACUGCAUUACAAAGAUGGGACGUUCCACACAGAGUACAACAGGCCCGCCACCUUCAAGUCCAUGGUAGCGUUCUUGAAAGACCCAUCGGGACCCCCACUGUGGGAGGAGAACCCUGAGGCAAAAGACAUCGUCCACAUAGAGACAGAAAAAGACUUCAGGAAGCUGUUGAAGAAAGAGGAGAGGCCGGUCCUCUUGAUGUUCUAUGCUCCCUGGUGCGGCGUUUGUAAGAGAAUGCAGCCCAUCUUUCAGCAAGCGGCAACAGAGACCAAAGGGAAAUAUGUACUGGCGGGGAUGAAUGUGCACCCAGCUGAGUUUGACGGCCUCAAGCAGGAGUACAACGUCAAAGGCUACCCGACCUUCUGCUACUUUGAGAAGGGGAAGUUCCUUUACCACUAUGAAAACUACGGAGCCACUGCCAAGGAUAUGGCAGACUGGAUGAAGAACCCUCAGCCCACCCAGCCAAAGACCCCCGAGGUGCCGUGGACGGAGACAGACUCCCCAGUCUUCCACCUGACCGAUGAGUCCUUUGACAGCUUCCUGGAAGAACAUCCUGCAGCCCUGGUCAUGUUCUACGCACCCUGGUGUGGACACUGCAAGAAGAUGAAGCCAGAGUAUGAUGAAGCUGCUGAAAUACUCAACAAGGGUGCAGACAGUCCGGGUGUGUUGGCAGCAGUGGACUCCACAGUGCACAAGGCUGUGGGGGAGCGCUUCAAGAUCUCCGGCUUCCCAACUGUUAAGUAUUUCGAGAAAGGUGAGGACAAGUACACGCUGCCACAUCUCCGAAGCAAAGACAAGAUCAUCGAGUUCAUGCACAAUCCCCAGGCACCUCCACCACCAGAACAGUCUUGGGAGGACAAGCCUUCCAGCAUCAGCCAUCUUGGAUCAGAGGACUUCCGAGAGGCGCUAAAGAAGAAAAAACAUGCUCUGGUCAUGUUCUACGCUCCCUGGUGUCCGCACUGUAAAAACGCUGUUCCCCACUUCACCACGGCAGCAGAGCUCUUCAAAGAGGACCGCAAGAUUGUGUACGCCGCUGUGGACUGUACAAAAGGACAGAACCACGAGCUUUGUAAGCAGGAAGGAGUGGAGGGCUACCCAACAUUUAACCACUACAACUAUGGCAAGUUUGUGGAAAAAUACAAUGGAGAUCGUGGGGAGGCGGGCUUCAUAGGUUUCAUGCGCAGCCUAAGAGGACGUGAUCAGGAAAAGGUUGUCAAGAGAAAGGAGGAACUCUGAGGGUGGCGUGCAGGUGCAGGGAGGGGGGAGUUGCACUGCACAGUUUGUCAUUGCACUGUGACCCUUGAUCCUGGCAAGGGCCCAAUCAGCACUGACGUGGGAGACUUGAUGACCUCAGCGAAAGGCUAUUUUUUUAUACCGUGGUGAUCACAUUUGUAAUAAUACCAACAGAGUACCUACAGUGAGACCGACCACUUCAGACUUCUUUUUUUCAUGGAUAUUCUGAUGGGCAGAAAAAUACACUGACAAAAAAGUGAUUUAUUUUCUUUUUUUGCCCAAACACUGUGACUACAUAUGUGAAAAGCUACACCCUAUACGUUAUCUAUGCAAUGCUGACCCCUGCGUAGCUCUGCGGGGGUCUGUGUAACGGAUUGACACCCGUGGUGGUAGGCAUCAAUAGUUAAAGGUGGAGGCUGCACUGUCCGUCACUCCACAGGGGUCCAAAUCCAGUCCCAUCAACCCCGCUCUGUCUCUAGAAAGAGACAUACACCUGUUGGUUCCAAUAUUUUUACCUUCAUGUCUUAAGUCCAGAACCAUCCAGAAUAUUGAUUUGUUAUCCUCACAGAUCAGUUGGGAGAUAACUGCAUUUAACACUUAACAUUUAAAAAAAAAGCCUAAGCUUGUACAGUAAAAUGUGAAGUGCUACUGUAGUAAUAUUGUACUGUAGCAGUGAUAUCAUGGCCAAAGGGUCAAUAUUCUGUAUGGUUCAACGCUCUUGUGAUUAGUUUUGCUUUUAGAAAGGACUUACAAAUUGUUGUUUGCUUAAAACUGUGGCCUUAAAGAUAUAAACAUGAAAACAUGCUGGAAUUGCAGAAAUAUAAAAUGAUAAAAAAGUGGAAGGCAAUCAGAGGCCUGGUGCCCUUACAAUUCCCCUCAUGGACCAGAGCACGUCAGCGUAGAAAAAAAAACUAGAACAUGAAAUGCCAAAUAUUUCUUGUGCAUCUCUUGAUAUUUUCAUGCGUUGUACAUUUCCAAAUAUUAACAACAUUCAGAGAUGUAGUGAUUUAACAAAGGUAGGGCUCAUUUACAUACAGUAAGCAUGGGAGAUGCUCAAGUAGAGUAUGGAGGCUAAAUAUUGCAUGAUGAUCAUAAAAUGUCCAAAUCAUAACACUGAACAUCCACACAGGUGUUUAUAGUUAAUGUGGCUGAUUGGACUUUUUCCAGGACUUUGUGGGUGUGAUUAGACUGAAUGAUUGACAUCUUCCUGAGUCCACUGUUAAUGUUGUUGCACCAGUUAGGGCGGGACAAAUGACACCUUUUGUCAUCCUUAUUGGUAGAAAGAAUUUGUGACCUAAUAAGUUUCAAAGCUCCGGCCCACCUUCAACCUGAAAAGAGUCUAAUCAGCCAGCAUAACUUUAAGGGAGGCUUUUGUCUGUUUUAUGCCCAUGUGUUUCCACCACCUUUGCUAAACUGAAUUACACCAAGGAGCCAAAAUGACAAUACUCAGUCUCAACCGUUUUGUCUUGAUCUAUGUCUGCCUGCCAUCAUCGGCCUGGAAUUUGCUCUGCUUGAGUUACCUUGGACAGUGCUCUCCCAUGCCUUCCAUCAUACUCCAAGAGAUUAUCUCAUAGUACAUCCAAGGAAAAAUGAAGUAAGUGAAGUCUCCAGACCCCCUCCCACUUCUGGCAGCAUAACACCAUGGUCAUUACCUUUGUGGCCACUAUAAAUAUUUAAAAAGCGUAUCUGUAGCUGAACUUGUGUUUUAUUAUUCAAGACUUUGGUUUCUUUCAUUAUGAAUAAGGUUCUCAGGGAUAGCGAAACACAAUUAAAGGGAACUAGUUUGUUAGUUUGUAAUUUUGCAUUCCAGCUGAAUAUUUUUGAACCCGUAAGUCGCCAAAUUAAAUAUUGUUUUUUAUAUCCCAAGUAAAAAAAAAAAAAAAAAACAUUUGAGUUGUCCUUUUUCUGUGCUACAUCAUGACGACAUGAAUUUAUUGUAAGAGGUAUUGUCAGUAGAUGUUACUGAACCAUUUCUUGUCAAACAUUAUCAUUGUGAUUUUUAAUGGACUCAUUCAAAGUGAAACUGUUUCAAAUGUUCUGGCUGGCACCAAACACUUGUUUUGUGUUCAAUGUGACCAUUAACAUUUCAUGGUAUGCAAGAGCAUUUUGAAAGAGCGCUUUACACAGGUGUUGACAUAUCGCUGUAAUUAGAUGUUUAUUCUCCUCUCGAGGGGAAACGAUUAGUUUUCUUUGCCGUGUCUUAUCCCAAAGGUAUCCAUGUUGUGUGGGAACUUGUCACACUUAUGCCAAGAAGUCAUUGUUUCCAUUAUUGAUUUUUCUGUGCCCAGCAGUACGUACCGUUUUCCCCUUGCAGUAAGAACCUUGCGAGUUAAAAUAAAUAAAUAAAUUCAGACAUUUCCAAAAU